AUGGGUUUGGUUAAGAUUACGAAGAAUAAGGCUUAUUUUAAGCGCUUCCAAGUCAAAUUCCGCAGGCGUAGGGAAGGGAAGACGGAUUACUACGCUCGUAAGCGACUUAUCUGGCAAGAUAAGAACAAGUACAACACGCCGAAGUAUCGGCUUGUCGUGCGUCUUAGCAAUAAAGACAUUGUUUGCCAAAUUGUCUAUGCUUGCCUGGAUGGUGAUCGUGUGAUGGCUUCUGCUUACUCUCACGAGUUGCCCAAUUACGGUGUUAAGGUCGGUCUCACUAAUUAUUCUGCUGCCUACUGCACUGGCCUUCUUGUUGCUCGUCGUCUUCUCAAAAAGCUCAAAAUGCACGAUCUCUUCCAAGGUCAAACCGAAGUUGACGGUGAGGAAUAUCACGUUGAAGACCAUGAAAAGCGUGGAGCCUUCAAGUGCUACCUGGACGUUGGUCUCCGUCGCACAACCACCGGUGCUAAUAUCUUUGGUGCUCUUAAGGGUGCCGUUGAUGGUGGACUCAAUAUACCACACAGCGUUAAGCGCUUCCCGGGUAGUGAUAAAGAAUCUGGCGAUUACGGUGCCGAAGAACAUCGCCGAAGAAUUUUUGGACAGCAUGUUGCUCACUACAUGCGCUUCUUGAAAGAGGAGGAUGAGGAUGCCUACAAGAAGCAGUUUGGUCAAUAUAUCAAACACGGCAUUGAGGCUGACAAUAUUGAAAGCAUGUACGCUGACGCUCACGCUGCCAUCAGGAAGAACCCGAUGCCCAAGAAGGAAAAGACCGAAUUAAAGAAGGCUGAGGAAGCUAAAAAGCCCAAGCGAUACAAUAAACGCAAGCUUAACAUCAAGGAACGCCGCGAACGUGUCCGCCAAAAGAAGGUCAAAAUCCUUUCUGACUUACAAAAGGAGUUGGCUGUUGCUGAUGAGUAA